AUGCCGUGUUUAACAGUACAAACCAAUGUUGCCGAUAAUCAAAUAACUGAUGAUUUUCUUAAACAAUUGAGUGUAAAAUUAUCUGAAAUUGUAGGCAAACCUGAACAAUAUGUUGCUGUACAUGUUUCGGGUGGUCAAAAAUUAUUCUUUGCCGGUACAAAUGAGCCAGCUGCAUAUAUGGAACUUGUUUCAAUUGGAUUAUCUGCUAAUCAAACAGCAAAAAUUAGUAAUGAAAUUAUGAGUUUUUUUGAAGAAAAACUUAAUAUAAAAACAUCUCGUAUAUAUAUAAAAUUUACAAAUGUAGCUGGAAAUAUGAUGGGUUGGAAUAAAGCAACAUUUUAA